AUGGGCUGCAAGCACCAUGGCAGCCAGCGGGCUGUCAAGGCAGCCAUGGGCGCCAGCGCUGCCAGCACCGCGCAGCCGCUGUCAGCAGCCAUGGCGCCGCGCAAGCAGCCAUGCGCGGGCUGUCAAGGCAGCCAUGGCGCACGCCAGCGCGCGCUGUCAAGGCAGCCAUGGGCGCCCGCGCGCAGCAGCCAUGCGCCCGCGCGCCAGGCAAGCCAUGGGCUGUCAGCAGCCAGGGCGCUGUCAGGCAAGCCAUGGGGCAUGCAGGGGCGCGUCAGGCAGCCAUGGGCGCAUGCCAGCGCGGCGCGCAGCCAUGCGCGCUGCGCAGCCUCGCGCGCCAGCGCGCGCAGGCACGCCCGCGCGCCCGCCGCCAGCCCGCGCGCCCCGCGCCCAGCGCCCAGCGCGCCGCAGCCCAGCGCCCGCGCCAGCGCCAGGGCUGUCAGCCAGCCUGGGGCAGCAGGGGGGCGCGAGGCAGGCAUGGGGGCGGGGGCGGGGGCAUGCCAUGGGGCUGUCGAGUCAUGUCAUGGGCACCGUCGAGGCAACAUCGGCUGGGUUGUCAAGCCACGUUCGAGGGGGCGCCGAGGGAGCACGACGUGCAUGCCUGGGUCAUGCACCGAUUUUGGACAAGUCCUUGUUGCUAGCCUCGCCCAGGAAAUCGUGGAAG